CCAACCGGUUUUAAUUAGAACACAUAAAUCCAGUUAUUUCGAAAAACGAAGAAGUUGUAAAAUUGUGACCCGAAAAAAAAAGUUAUGCAUCGUAAAACUGAGGCACUGCGAGAAUAUAAUGAUUUGUAAACACGAUUUUUUCAUUUACAAUAUUUAAUAAAUAUUUCGAACGAAUGUCCCAAAAGAAUGCCCCAUUUAUCGCUGUGCAAAGUCAAGCCCUUUUCUUCCACUGUGCGGAUUAUAGGUGGACACUUAAACUCGCGGCUUAAAAUGUCCAAGACUCCAAAGCAACACGUUAUUACAAAUUUGAUGGGCACAUCAAGUGCUUAUAAAUAUUCAUUAGCGCAUAAAAAAUCAGUUUACUUCGGCGCAGCAAGUGGCGCAGUUCGCAUGUUCAGGAUAAUGGAAACCGCACGCCUCAUCCUGAUUCUUUCGCUUUCGAUAUCCACAUCCUUGGCCAAGGAUCCGGAGAGGUCCUCCGAUCAAAAUGUUGAAAAUCCGUGCAGUGCGCACCGCAUUUGGGUUUGGAGACCUAUCCUCGAUCGUUUCGCCAAGGUGAACUCCAGCGAGGAGCUAAAGAACCAAGUCCAGGCCAUGUCGGAAACCAUCAAGGAGCUGCGGACGCGCAUCGGCCACAAGGACGAGCUGCUCCUGCUGCAAGCCAGCCAGAUCAAGGACCAAAGUGCCAGGCUCAACGUUUUGGCCAAGAACAUGAAAGUCCUUCGAAGUGAGUGGCUGACUGCCCAGGACGAGAUCAAAAACAAGGACAUACAAAUACAAUUGGGCGCGGCAAAGAUCAAGCACUUGAGCGACGAACUCUUGUCGCAGUGCAGCCGCCAGGACACGUGUCCCACCGACGGCAAAGGUGGCAUCUAUAAGCUGAAGAUCCGUGGAUUGGCAGCAUUCGAGGCUCCCUGCAGCUCCAACGGCUGGCUGACCAUACAGAAACGCUACGAUGGCUCCGAGAACUUCGAUCGCGGUUGGAAGGACUACAAGGAUGGAUUCGGGCGCGUGAGAGGAGAGUUUUUCAUCGGCCUGGAGAAAGUGCAUCACAUGACGCGCCAACGAAGCCACGAACUGUACAUUAAGCUGGGCAAGAUUGACGGCACCACCAGCCACGCCCACUACGACGACUUCGAACUCGGCGGCGAGAGUGAGUCCUAUGAGCUGAAGUCGCUGGGCCGCUACAACGGCACAGCCGGCGACUCCCUGCGGCCACAUGAGCGCCAAAAGUUCACCACCAACGACAGGGACAACGAUGCCUAUCGGUUCAACUGUGCCGCCGACGAAUAUGGUGGCUGGUGGUACUACGACUGCGCCAAGAGCAUGCUCAAUGGCAAGUUCUACAAGGAGGGCCGCUCGCGGAAUGGAAAAACCAAUGGCAUCAUGUGGGGCUCCUGGCACAACAACGAUUGGACCUACUCGCUCACCUUCGUGGAGAUGAUGAUAAGGCCGCGAAUAAAUUAGAAAUAAUAUUAAUAAUAGGAAAAUGG